CGCUGCUUCAGGGUUUAAAAUGUAAGAAAACAAUAUUUAGGUGACAAUUAAAAACGUAACAAUAAACAAGGGGUUUUAUUCGAAACGUUUGCACCUAACCUUAUAACUUCGCAUUUUAUAGACUCUGGCUCUGAUCGCAGCAAAGUCGACGUUGAACUUUCUCGCCGCCGGAGCGCGUGAUCCACACUCUCUGACAUCGAACCACUCCGAUUGAAGAUUCUCCGAUGGCGAUUGUAUAUGCGGUAGUGGCGAGAGGUACGGUGGUAUUAGCUGAAUUCAGCGCCGUUACGGGAAACACAGGCGCCGUGGUGCGACGGAUCCUUGAGAAGCUUUCACCGGAAAUCGCCGAUGAAAGACUUUGUUUCUCACAAGACCGUUACAUCUUCCAUAUUCUUAGAUCUGAUGGUCUUACCUUUCUCUGUAUGGCCAAUGAUACCUUUGGAAGGAGGAUUCCAUUUUCAUAUUUGGAAGAUAUUCAUAUGAGGUUUAUGAAAAACUAUGGAAAAGUGGCGCAUCAUGCUCCAGCUUAUGCAAUGAAUGAUGAAUUCUCAAGGGUUUUGCAUCAGCAGAUGGAGUUCUUCUCUAGUAAUCCUAGUGUUGAUACUCUCAAUCGUGUUAGAGGAGAAGUCAGUGAGAUUCGAUCGGUCAUGGUAGAGAACAUUGAGAAAAUAAUGGAGAGAGGUGAUAGGAUUGAGCUUCUUGUUGAUAAAACAGCAACGAUGCAAGAUAGCGCGUUUCACUUCAGGAAACAAUCUAAGCGUCUCCGCCGAGCUCUUUGGAUGAAAAAUGCUAAGCUCCUGGUACUGUUGACAUGCUUGAUAGUUCUUGUGCUGUACAUAAUAAUCGCAUCUUUCUGCGGAGGAAUCACUUUACCGUCAUGCAGAUCUUAAAUUCUGGCAGCCUUAUCUAAGGUAACCUGAAACACACCACUGUUAUUGUAAAUCAACUCUGUCGCAUCCUUUCGACUCUUAAGUCUUGGUUUUGUCAUGAAAAUGACAGUGAGUUUGAGGUUACAUGUCACGGUCCUCCUUGCUUAUGUAACUCUUGUAAAUGUCAAAAUGAUACAGAGGUUCAUUGAACACUUGCCUUGUCUUGUAGAUUUAGUCACUUGAGUGAGUUUGUUCUCUGUAUUUCAAAAACUUUAUCUGCUGUGUCUUUAUAAUUUUUGCAUUUGCAAUGUACAUCACAUAUUCGUUAUUUCUGUUGUUAAAAUGACUUGAGUUUUCAUCUUGGUUUAA